AUGACCGGUCCAUCAGACACAUCGACGAAUCAACCUUUCAAUCAUCCUCAUCCUGCCAUGACUGUCUUCUGGUAUGCGGCCGCUGUUCUGUCGGCGCUUGCAGCGUUGCACCGCCUGUUCAAGUUGCAUGCUGUCCACUCGCUGUUUCUUUCAUGCGCCACACGAACAGACACGCGCUGCCAGACCCGAUUUGAGAAUCUGGAGCACUUUUAUACCCCGCGCGGAGACGCUGCCCGCUACAAAUGGCCAACAUUGGUCACUUAUGAGUUCGAAGCGGAUGGGGACAGCAUCCUCAUUGAAGUUCCCGCUGGGAGCUUCUGGGGCUUACCGGCAGUACGCCACCACACACAAGAAAUGUGCAGAGAGGUGUACAUGGUGAGCGGGAACUGGGCGAUAGGGCAGUUUAUGGGCAGCGGACCUGUCAGAGGUCCUCCAGAACUGCCAAACCUGUUCCAGAGAAUCGUCAUCAGGUAUGCUCCGGCCCAACGGCCCUCUCAGAUCCGACGCUUUGGCUCCAAGAAAGCCCGGCAGCUGGACCACAUGAUUGUCAGUGCGGUUCAGGAUGCCCGAGUCUAUUUCAAAUUAUGUUCUACACCAUUAUGGCUCCGCCUUGUCUACGCAGCCUUGAGCGCCCUCUCUCCACAUGCCGCCGACACGCUCGCCCGGCGCAUUCUUUGGGUUCAGAUCCGCACCAUGUUCUUUUGUCAUGACACUUGGGAAUUCCGCGGAACCUGUAUGAUAUUUCGCAUUUUCUGGCCCUUCUUCAACGAACCAGACUGGGUCCGAAAGUUUGAGGACUGGAGUGAGGGGUACAAGUCGAGACAGUUUCUACGCCUCAACUAUUGGCUUGGGUAUGCACUUUUGGGAAUGGAGCCCGAAUAUGCCGAGUAUCAGAUAGCCACCCCCAAAAUAUACAUAUACAUGGUCAAGGCAAGCAGAUCAAAUGCCGGUUCGUGGCUCCUGGUCACGCCUGGCUGCGUCUGCUUUCAAUCCUAUCCCCUGCAGCAUCGUGUUGCUCUGCGAAAUUGUAGCCUGAUUUUUAGUAACGAAGAAGCAGCCCAGACUGUACACUCUCUGAACCAAGAUAUCAUCUUGGUUCAGAGACCUCAUGCUCCCUCAAAGUCAAGUGCCUCACCAAGCGACAUGAUUGUCCCACUGGAAUUUCUUUGCUUUUCCGUCGUGGCUUUGCUUUGCUCCCGAAGCUUGGCAAAGCCCACCACGAGUCCUCUGUCUAUGCUCGAAAUUGACUUUAUCAAGCCAACGAAAGAGCAAAUGACAGAGAUCCAUGACAAAUUUAUCUUGUCUCUGAACACGACCGAGGCUAGCUUUCCCCCUCCUCCCCCUCCUCCCCCGCUACCCCAUACUAUUUCGUUGGCAAACGCCAGUUCCGCCGACCUUUCCCAAGCAAGGGCCCGGGUCGAUCGAGCAAUCAAGCAACAGGGCGAAUACAACAUAUGGCGUCUUGCCAAUCCCAAGCGAGGCAAAAAACUAGACCCCAGUACAGCCCGAGUCCAAAGGGACACUGCAAAGCAACCUUUUCCACCACGGCUCACGCCUGAGCUCCUCAAAGCCGUGAAGCUCACCAACGACGUCGACACGCAGGAUCUACAUAACAAUGGUACCCUGCAGCGGUACCAAAGCGAAGCUAAAAUUUACAUCCAAGAUUUGCGACCCCCAGUGGGCAGCUCAGCCAGACCAACUUCUCUGAAACGGGUCACUGGAUGGGAUGGUAGUGACUGGAUGGCAGAUCAGGACCACAGCCUCUCUCAGCAGCCGUUUCACUCUGAGAAAGACUACAAGGUCUGGCGCAAUGUCAAGGACUACGGCGCGGUCGGAGAUGGUGUCACCGACGACACAGACGCCAUUCAAAAAGCAAUUUCGGAUGGCAAACGAUGCGGCAAGGGCUGCCCCGAGUCAUCCGUUAGCGGAGCCAUAGUAUACUUCCCCAGCGGUACAUAUCGUGUCGACCGUUCCAUCGUGCUUUACUACAACACGCAGCUCGUCGGCGGCGUGAAAGGUGCAAUUCCUACUAUACAGUCGGCUAGAAACUUUAUCGGACUUGGCGUCUUCACGACCGACGUCUACCUCCCCGAUGGCCAUUCAGAGUGGUACCUCAACACAAGCAAUUUUUAUCGAAGUAUUCGUGGAUUGCAAAUUGAUAUCCGACUGACCAGGCAGAAGGGCAUGGUAGGUAUUCACUGGCAAGUGGCGCAGGCGACAACUAUUGAAGAAACCAGUGUCAUGAUGUCGAAUGCUUCUUCGACCACCCAGGUUGGCAUUUUUGCGGAGAAUGGAAGCGGAGGCUGGAUGGGCGACAUUACCAUUAGCAAUGGCGAAUAUGGUAUCCUGGCCGGAAGUCAGCAGUAUUCGGCGUCGCGCAUCACAAUUAUCGGCUCGCAGAAAUGUAUCGGUCUGAUAUGGAAUUGGGUCUGGUCGUGGUCGCAUCUUCGUCUCGAAGGUUGCAAAGUCGGCAUUGACCUGACUGCCGGCGGUUCCGAUUCGAAAUCCCCCGUCGGUUCACUCUCCGUUGUCGAUUCCUCCAUCAUUCACUGCGACACCGCCAUCAAAGCACAUCCUUUCACCUUGACACAGGCAAAGGAACAAGGCUCGACCAUCAUCACUCUCAGUCAUUCGCAGAUCUAUGGAUCCACUACCUUCAUAGGCUUUGCAGACGGAGCCUCCAUCUCGAAGAGGGUUGAUGACUGGAAAAUUGACUACUGGCAAUUCGGAAAUGACUUUCGGCAAGGAGAUGUAGCCCACGGAGAAUCAACGCCUAAAGAGGACCGGCCCGCAAGCCUCUUGGAUAGUAAUGGCAAUUGGUUCAGCACCGGGUAUGAUUGGAUGCUCCCUCAGGCUCUUCGGCGUCGGAUCAGACUGACCUCAGGCUCCAGCAAGCCCAUCUUUUACAAUCGCAACAAGGACCAGGUCAUCAACGCAAGGCUCCAUGCCGCAGGGGAUGGAAAGACGGAUGACACGGUCGCUCUUCAGUCGUUGUUCCAGUACGCCGCAGAGAACAGUCUUGUGCUCUAUAUUCCAGGCAAGUCUGGCGUCUAUCUCAUCUCAAGCCCCCUACUUAUUCCGCCCAACAGCCGCAUCCGAGGCGAGGUUUGGUCGCAACUCAUGGCAGUCGGGGAUAGAUUUUCCGAUGCUCAGCAUCCAACGGCCAUGAUCACAGUCGGUCAAGGAGAAAAAGAUGGUUUGGUACAAAUGGAAAAUCUGUUAUUCACAUCUAGAGGAGCACUACCAGGCUUGGCGCUUCUGCAAUGGAAUAUCCAGAAAAGCAAGCCAGGGAAUGUUGGCAUGUGGGAUUGUCAUUUUCGAGUCGGCGGCGCCGUUGGUACCGAUCUACGCAAGACGGAUUGUCCCAAGCUCUCUGGAAGCGUCAACAAGAAAUGCAUUGCAGGCGCCAUCAUGUUUGUGAAGACGGAUAAAGGCAGCGGAUACUUUGAGAACAUGUGGGCGUGGGUGGCUGAUCACGAUCUCGAUGAUGCUGCAGGCGACGACUCCAACCAGAUCAACGUUUACUUUGGCCGAGGAAUUCUUAUAUUUGGCGAUGGGCCAACUUGGUGGCGUGGCACGGCGUCGGAGCACAGUGCCAUGUACCAGUACAAUAUUGUGAGUGCCUCCAACGUGUACAUGAGUAUCAUUCAGACCGAGUCGCCUUACUAUCAAGGCACCUCGUUCUUGCAAGCCCCAGCUCCGUUCAAAGUAGACAACUGGAUUGGAGAGCCUUUGUUUGAUACAUGUGGAAGUGCCACUACCAACUGCAACGUCGCCUGGGCUCUGCUUAUUCAAGCCUCUGACGGCAUCUACAUCGAUGGCACUGGUCUUUACUCGUGGUUUCAGAACUACAACCAGGACUGUGUCGGCAAGAAGAAUUGCCAACAGCGACUUGUCAACAUUUUCAACUCUGCCAAUGUUUUUAUUUCACAUUUAAUUACCAUCGGAUCUGUCGAGGUAGUGACGCCCGCCAUCAGCAACUAUUACAACCGCAUCAUCUACGUGGAUGACGCCCUGGAAGCUUCUGCCUAUCCCUGGUGGACAGCGGUUGCCAGCUAUCUGGACAGCAGCGACAAGAUAAAUAUCACAAGCGGUGCUUACCCCAUCAAGAAGGGCUGGGUAUCGUUUGGCGACUCAUAUGCCGCGGGCAUUGGUGCUGGUUCUCCAUUGGACACGGAGUCAAAAUGCUCCCGUGGGAGGGGAGGCCACCCUGCGAUCCUGAACCAGAUCAUCCGACAGUCGCAUCAAGUGAGCCCUUCUUGGCAAGUUUAUGCGUGCAGUGGAGAGACGGCUGCUCAAUUUCAUGCAAAGGAAGGCGUAAACCAGCUUGGACGUUGGGUGCCCGACACGUCAGAUGUUGCCACAGUCUCGUUUACGGGCAAUGAUUUUGGAUUCGGCGACAUCGUCAGUCAUUGCAUCAUGGGAUAUCCCCGAGGAAGUCAAAACGAAAAAUGUGCAAUGGACCGUGCACUCACCACGGCCAAGUUGAACGCUGACGGCAAGGUGACGGAACUAGUCCACGACAUCCUCGAUGACAUCUUCAGGAAGAAGGGUGACAACGGCCGAUUCAUGGUGUACUGGACCGGUUAUCCGCAAUUCUUUGACUCGUCUGAUCAUGCGUGCGAUCUUGUGCACUUCUCAGCUUGGGGGGGCAUCUGGAGAGGUGCAGACCUCACAACGUCGCUGCGUCUCGAACUCAACAGUUUUUCCACGCAGCUCAACGGGCUGAUUAAAUUCGCCAUCCAUACCUACAACUACCAUCUGCCCUUUCCCAGGGCCAAGUUUGUUGACCUGGAUACCAAUUCGAACAUAUAUGCCCGUCGUCGUUUUUGCGAGCCGGGCGCAACAGAGCCGCGCAGCACGCACGACAGUCAGAAUGCGGUGGCCGUUUUCUACCCCAAUGGCUGGGACGACAUCCCGAGCGCGAGUGAGAGCUUCUACAUGCCUCCCAAGGAAGACGGCGAUGCACCAGACAGUUGGUCCAUUUCCGUGCAGAGCUCCAUGUGCAGCGAGAGCGAAGACGCCAACGAGCCGCUCAGACCGAUGCUGUGCGCGGCGGCAAGGCAGGUUGCCAACGGGACCCUGACAAUCAGCGACAUUGAAAAGACGGGAGACGUGGGCGCCGGCGCCGGCGCGGCGGUCAAGAAUUCCGAUGGCUCCGUGACCAUUACAGCCUACUCCGUGGCCUACUUGAAAAUGUUUCACCCCAAGACGCGGGCCAAUCUGCAUAUUGCCCAGGCCGUCCACGACGCCUUGAUUUUCAACUGA